AUGGCGGACGGUCCAGACAAGACUGACGAGCUCUACCCCAUAGCUGUUCUCAUUGAUGAGUUAAAGCAUGAUGAUGUACUCUUAAGAUUGAAUGCCAUUCAUCGACUUUCAACGAUUGCCCUUGCGCUAGGAGCGGAUCGCACAAGAGACGAAUUGAUUCCCUUUUUAGAUGAAUCGGUCGAAGAUGAAGACGAAGUUCUGACUGCUUUGAGCGAAGAACUCGGAAAUUUUGUAGAAUACGUUGGCGGUCCAGAGUAUGGCCACGUUCUUCUGUCACCUCUCGAGAACCUUGCGGCUAUUGAGGAGCCUUUGGUGCGAGAAAAGGCUGUAGAAUCUUUAAACAAGAUAUGCGAGGAGCUAUCCUCACAACAAGUCGAAGAGUACUUCAUCCCCCUCACGAUCCGACUCUCAAAGGCCGACUGGUUUACCUCAAAGAUCUCCGCCACAGGAUUAUAUAAUGUACCGUACAAGAAGGCGUCACCUCCAAUGCAAGAGCAGCUCAGACAGCAAUUUGGUCUUUUGGUCCAUGACGAAACUCCUAUGGUCCGAAGACAGUCUGCGAAUAACUUGUCAAAAUUUGUGAAGGAAAUGCCUGCUACAAUAGUUGUGGAAGAAAUGAUACCCUUGUUUCAACACCUUGCCGGUGACGACCAGGAUAGCGUACGUUUGUUGACAGUAGAGAUAUUGAUCGCCAUUGCGGAGGUUGUACCGAAGGAGCAACAGUCUAGCCAUGGGGUUCUACUUACAGCCUUAAGGAGUUUAAUCGAAGAUAAAAGUUGGAGAGUAAGAUACAUGGUGGCUGAUAGAUUUGAAAAGAUUGCAAAAGCAGUAGAUGAUGAGGUUGUAACAAGAGAUCUUGUACCCGCAUUCGUAAAGUUAUUGAAAGAUAGCGAAGCAGAAGUACGAACGGCCAUUGCUGGUCAAAUUCCUGGUUUCUGCAAGCUUGUCGAUCGCACCACCCUCUUAAAUGAUAUCAUGUCCACUGUCGAAGACUUGGUUUCUGAUACAUCCCAACAUGUUCGGGCUUCUCUUGGAACACAAAUCAGUGGCCUUGCCCCAAUUCUUGGCAAGCAAGAGACUAUCGAUCACCUACUUCCUAUGUUUUUACAAAUGCUCAAGGAUGAGUACCCAGAUGUUCGAUUACACAUAAUCUCCAAAUUGGAGUUAGUGAACCAAGUUAUCGGCAUUGAUCUCCUCUCACAAUCCCUUCUCCCUGCUAUUGUACAGCUUGCUGAAGAUAAGCAAUGGCGUGUCCGAUUAGCAAUUAUCGAGUACAUUCCUCUUCUGGCCAGUCAACUCGGAGUUCAAUUCUUUGACGAGAAGCUGGCUGCUCUCUGCAUGGGCUGGUUAGGAGAUACAGUCUUCUCUAUCCGUGACGCAGCAACAAAGAAUUUGAAAAAGCUCACCGAGGUCUUUGGUGUAGACUGGGCUAAUGAGGCGAUCAUUCCAAAGGUUAUGGCUAUGGGAGCACAUCCAAAUUACCUCUACAGAAUGACCACAUGCUUUGCAAUCACAACACUUGCACAAGUCGUCAGUCUCGACGUUGUCCAAAAUUCCAUUUUACCUAUGAUGGACAAGUUGGUAGCCGACGAGAUUCCAAACAUCCGUUUUAACGUUGCCAAAUCAUAUUCUGAGAUCAUCUCCGUCCUCAAGAGGCUCCCAGACGAGGGCACCGUAUAUUCAUUAGAGAAGUCUGGAAGCUCGGAACCGCCCUCGGCUAGAGGCCAACAACUGAUUCAAGAAAGGAUUUUACCAAAUUUGGAAAAGUUGCAAAAGGAUGAUGAUGUCGAUGUUCGGUUCUUUGCUACCACGGCUGCAGCUUCAAUUUCUGGUGAGCCAAUGGAAACUUAA